CGUUUCGCCCCUCCCUAGACGCUUUACUGCAUAACUCGUUCAGUGUGCCGUGAACACGUUGUGGCCACCCCCUCGCCAUGUUAAAUCAUAGGCACCAAAAAUUAGCUCCGCCCUUCAAGUGAUGAAACGUCAUUUAGUAGACGACAUUGUUCAUUGUUACCAGAACUGCUCCCCGACGAGGGUCGCUUGAGCUGCUGAAGGCUUAUUGAGGGGAUUUUUUACCUAUUUUUACCACCCUCUACGCCAACAAGGCCUCAGCCAGCAGCCCUAUCUGACGUCCCUGUUUGUAGCUAUAAACAGGGACUUCCCCAUCAACCCUCUUGCCUUCUAAACGCAGUUCAGAAGGAGUGGGCCACAAACCUACAAUGGCUGUUCGCGCCGUGGAGCUACUGUACCAAAUUCAGGUGUGCGGGACGGCGGGCAGGUUGCCUACUCGCGCCGUGCAGCUCUGCAUGUGUGUUGCCGUCGCCUAUACCUACUCGCACAGUGGGGGACGCGAUUCCACCGGACGCAGGACUUCCGACCCGAGGGGACCGCGUUGGCGUGGCUAAGGGCGUGGUGGGGCAGGGCAUCUAGUCGGGGCGUGUGGAAGCUGUGGAAGGGCAGCCCGCCGGCAGCGGCCCGCUGGGGGUAUAUAGAGCCGCCGCCCCUCCGCCCCCGCCACUGAGUGUCGGUGCGUCGCGUCAGGCCCGUCUGUUCAUACUGAGCGCGUGCAGUGCAAACUAGUGCGAGUGCUUUGUGUAGUAGUGUUUGGUCGCCAUGGCGCCGCUCUCCGUGAUGCUGGCGCUGAUGCUGGCCCAGGCGCAUCCGGGCACGUCCAUCAUAUCGGGCCCCCAGCAGGGCAAGCAGGACGCGCGGCAGGACAAGGACUCGCAGUCACGGCGCAUCGGUGUCGGCUUGGCGGUGAUCCCCGGGCCCUCGGUGGAUGCGUCCAAGGAGAACCGCGCGCAGUCGGAGCAGAACAAGAGGGGCGCGCAGCUGAGCGGCCAGGCCUCGCACAUCCACGGCACUGUCUACGGCGGUGAGGGCUACGGGCACGGCGGCGGCGGCGGCUUUGAGGGCUACGGCGGCCACCACGGCGGCAGCGGCUUGGGCUUCUACGGGGGCGGCGCCGGCGCGGGUGGUUUCGGUGGCGACCUCGGUGGCGGCGGCCUCGGUGGUGGCCUCGGCGGCGGCCUUGACGGCGGCCUCGGAGGCGGACACUUCGACUACAGCCAUCACCACCUGGAGCACCACCACGACCCGCACUACCACAAGGCGCUGGCCGUCAAGAGCCUGCUCGUCCCACUGGCAGGCGUGGCCCUGCUCGGCGCCGCCGCCGCCUUCGUCACCAACCCCAUCCUGCUACAGCUGGGCGUCAUCUCGGGCAAGCGUCGCCGUCGCGCCGCCGCCGCCGCCUCCGAGGAGGAGGACCAGGAGCAGGUGCAGCGGAUGGCGCAGCUGGCCAGACAGCGCGUCGGGGACCUGCAGCUGCUGGAGAACUUCAUGUCGCAGCAGAUCCCGCGCGCCGAGGCCCGCGCCCAGGAGCAGAAGCUGCUCGCCUCUUACCUGACGUGCACGGGCAUCGUGCCGACGUCGCCGCCGGCCUCGUCAUCAUCGUCGUCCUCGUCCAACGACUCUGCCAACGCGCUGCUCGGCUCGUCGGCGUCCUGCCUGGAGCGGCUGUCGUGCGAGCUGCACCAGGAUGAGGCGGACAGCAGCCCCUCCAGCAGCGGCGCCCUGGAGCGGCACGUCAUGCGAGUUGUGACGGGCGAGAUCCUCUCGAACGAGUUCAUCCCCGAGAGCGUCAAGAGCAGCGUGGAGAAGGCGGUGCGGCGAGGCAAGGCGGGCGACGACUGCAGCAAGUACUACCCGUGCCAGGACCUGGACGACAAGUCGGACUGAGCUCCUCCGAAACGCACCCGUCGCUACUCCUCGUGCGCGCCGCGGGCCGCGCGCGGGGUAUCGACGCGACAGGCCGCCGCCGGAGGGCGCCACCAGGACCUCUGCUCACGGCGCGGACGUUCAACCGACGACGGGAAGCUGCGGAGGCCCGGUUGCGGCCGCGGCCGGCGGCCCCACCGCCUGUGUCAAUGACGGCUGUGUGCCCCGAGGGAAGGCCUGCUGCGCCCCGCCAAACUCGCAUCCGUAAAUUAAAUUUUUAUUUUUGAUUCA